GUUCCCGCCUCCUCGCGCGCCUCCCUCAGGGCUUUGGGGCUGAGGGUCCUGGGGAGGGGGAGCCGGGUCCUAGCCCCCUCGGCGCUGCGGGGACCGUGGCGCCCCAGGACUGGGCCGCGAGGCAGGGAGGAGCUGCGGGCGGCGCGGACACGCCCGGUUCCCCGUCACCCGUGGGCGUGGAGCCCCAACACACGAGAGUAUGACCUGGUGUCUGCCUAUGAGGUGGACCACACGGGAGACUACGUGUCUCAUGAGGUCACACACGGCCAGCGGCGGCGGAGGGCGGUGCCUCCGGGAGGUGGCGACUCUCUGCACCUUCGGCUGAAAGGCUUUGGGCACGAUUUCCACUUGGACUUGAGGGCGUCCAGCAAUCUGGUGGCUCCUGGAUUUAUCGUGCAGACGUUCGGGAAGGGAGGCACCAAGUCAGUGCAGAGCUUCUCACCUGAAGACUUCUGCUUCUAUCAAGGCUCCUUACGCUCCCACAGGAAUUCCUCCGUGGCCCUGUCCACCUGCCAUGGUUUGGUGUCGGCUUUAUUCAAGGAUGGUACAAUAGGAGGAAACAUCAACAUUGCAAUUGUAGGUCUGAUUCUCCUAGAGGAUGAACAGCCAGGACUGGUGAUAAGUCAUCAUGCCGACCACACCUUAAGCAGCUUCUGCCAGUGGCAGUCUGGAUUGAUGGGGAGAGACGGGACCCGCCAUGACCAUGCCAUCCUGCUGACUGGCUUGGACAUAUGUUCCUGGAAGAACGAGCCCUGCGACACUUUGGGAUUCGCACCCAUAAGUGGAAUGUGUAGUAAAUAUCGCAGCUGUACCAUCAAUGAAGAUACAGGUCUUGGACUGGCUUUCACCAUCGCCCACGAGUCUGGACACAACUUUGGCAUGGUCCAUGAUGGAGAAGGGAACGUGUGCAAAAAGUCUGAGGGCAACAUCAUGUCCCCUACAUUGGCAGGACGCAACGGGGUCUUCUCCUGGUCACCCUGCAGCCGCCAGUACCUGCACAAAUUUUUAAGCACGGCUCAAGCUGUGUGUCUUGCUGACCAGCCAAAGCCCGUGAAGGAGUACAAGUACCCUGAGAAGCUGCCGGGGGAGUUAUACGAUGCAAACACACAGUGCAAGUGGCAGUUCGGAGAGAAAGCCAAGCUCUGCAUGCUGGAUUUUAAAAAGCAUCCUAAUCAGGACAUGGCUCCUUCCAUAAAGCCAGGAAGCACCCACUUCCAUGCCAGCGCUUGCCCACCACAGACAGAAGCCACCAUUUCAGCAUUCCUGUCAUCCUAGGGCCACUUUGCCUCGUCUUGAACUCCAUGAUUACCUGGUUUCGUGUAUUAGAGGUGAAGUGUAUAGUAUUUCACGAUUAAGUUUGAUAGUAGCUCUUGGUUUACACAGAUACCCUUUGCCAAACUUAGGAAGUUCCUUUCUAAUACUAGUUUUCUGAAGUAUUUUGUGGCAAAACACUGUUGACUUUUGUCAAUUUUUUGGAUAUAGUUUUAUUGUUUUCUCCUUUAUUAUGUCAGUGUGAUGAACCAUGUUGAUUGGCUUUUAUCUUGUUUUUCAUUGGUUUUUUAAUGUUAAGCCUGUAUCUCUGGGAUAACUCCACUGGGCCAUGAACUCUUUCUUAUUGUCGUAUUUUGCUCAUUUGAUGUAUAAAUAUUUGUUCUGGAUGUGAGCAUCUGUGUUCUUGAGUCAUAAUCAUUUAGAAAUCU